AUGGGGGGUCCCGCGGGGCCCCCACGCCUCCUCCACGUCCCGCACUGUGUCCUCUGUCUGCUCUGCCUCCUUCCGCCACUGCUUAAAGUAAGUGUGGGGUCCAGCCAGGCACCCAGAGACCAGCCCGUGUGGGCACUGCUGGAGCAGUACUGCCACUCCGCCAAGACCCUUUCCAACCUCUCAGGUCCCUACUCCUACUGCAACACGACCUUGGACCAGAUCGGGACGUGCUGGCCCCGGAGCGCGGCCGGAGCCCUGGUGGAGAGGCCGUGCCCCGAGUACUUCAACGGAGUCAAGUACAACACGACCCGGAAUGCCUACCGAGAGUGCUUGGAGAAUGGGACAUGGGCCUCGAGGAUCAACUACUCACAGUGUGAACCCAUUCUGGAUGAUAAGAGGAAGUAUGACCUGCACUACCGCAUUGCACUCAUCGUCAACUACCUGGGCCACUGUGUGUCCGUGGCAGCCCUCGUAGGUGCCUUCCUGCUUUUCCUGGCCCUGCGGAGCAUUCGCUGUCUCCGGAAUGUGAUUCACUGGAAUCUCAUCACCACCUUUAUCCUGCGGAAUGUCAUGUGGUUCCUGCUACAGCUCAUCGACCACGAAGUGCAUGAGAGCAACGAGGUCUGGUGCCGCUGCAUCACCACCAUCUUCAACUACUUCGUGGUGACAAACUUCUUCUGGAUGUUCGUAGAGGGCUGCUACCUGCACACGGCCAUUGUCAUGACCUAUUCCACAGAGCGCCUGCGCAAAUGGCUCUUCCUCUUCAUUGGAUGGUGCGUCCCCUGCCCCAUCGUCAUUGCCUGGGCCAUUGGCAAACUCUACUACGAGAAUGAACAGUGCUGGUUUGGCAAGGAGCCUGGUGACCUGGUGGACUACAUCUACCAGGGCCCCAUCAUCCUCGUGCUCCUGAUCAACUUUGUAUUUCUCUUCAACAUUGUCAGGAUUCUAAUGACAAAGUUACGAGCAUCCACCACAUCAGAGACGAUCCAGUACAGGAAGGCGGUGAAGGCCACCCUGGUUCUCCUGCCCCUUCUGGGCAUCACCUACAUGCUCUUCUUCGUCAACCCUGGGGAGGACGAGCUGUCGCAGAUUGUGUUCAUCUAUUUCAACUCCUUCCUACAGUCGUUCCAGGGUUUCUUUGUGUCUGUCUUCUACUGCUUCUUCAAUGGAGAGGUACGCUCAGCUGUGAGGAAGAGGUGGCACCGCUGGCAGGACCAUCACUCCCUCCGAGUCCCCGUGGCCCGGGCCAUGUCCAUCCCCACAUCGCCCACGCGGAUCAGCUUCCACAGCAUCAAGCAGACGGCUGCUGUAUGA